ACAGCCUGCUAGUCUCUGCUUCUCUACUGCAGAAGACAGAGUGAUAUUUGUGUUCCCAUAUCAUGUUGUAAAAUGCAUGAGAUUUUGCUCUUCCUCCUUGGAAAUGAGAAUAGGAAAAUGAGAGCAUCCUGAAGCAGAAGCUAUUAGAAGAGCAUGCAGAAACCUGCAGCGAUUUCUGCUUUAUUUUGUCUUCCUAGCUAUGGAUUAGAAGGACUGAUUUUUGCAAUGGGCUUUUUCCAUAAUGGCAUUCUUGUAUUGUUUGGUCAGAGCUUGCACAGGAGGAAAACAGGCUGCUGAAUUUAGUCACUGAUCUCUAUUAGCCGUGGCCUAAGGCUAUGCUGAGAUUUAUAUCCCAUUUGUAUUGUUGCAGCUCAAAAGAAGAAUGUUCAGAGGAUGACAAGUGUAUUCUGAGUAGAUCCCUGGUGGAAGAGGAGGAUCCUCAUAUGAAAGUGUCCCUUGGCAGCAGCGAUAUGGGCGUCUCUGCCCACCUGCAGUCUUCGAAGACAGGAACCACCAGGUUUUUCACCAGCAAUACUCACAGUUCUGUGGUGUUACAGGGCUUUGACCAGCUGCGGGUGGAAGGUUUGCUCUGUGACGUGACGCUUGUUCCUGGAGAUGGUGAUGAGGUGUUCCCUGUGCACAGAGCAAUGAUGGCUUCUGCAAGUGAUUACUUCAAGGCCAUGUUCACAGGAGGAAUGAAGGAACAAGAUUUAAUGUGCAUUAAGCUUCAUGGUGUGAACAAAAUAGGCCUAAAGAAGAUCAUUGAUUUCAUCUAUACUGCAAAACUUUCCCUUAAUAUGGACAACCUUCAGGACACACUGGAAGCUGCCAGUUUUUUGCAGAUUUUACCUGUUUUGGACUUCUGUAAAGUAUUUCUUAUCUCUGGGGUUUCAUUGGAAAACUGUGUUGAGGUUGGGCGAAUUGCCAACACAUACAACCUCACAGAAGUGGAUAAAUAUGUUAAUAAUUUCAUCCUGAAGAACUUCCCUGCGUUAUUAAGUACUGGUGAAUUUGUGAAACUCCCCUUUGAACGUCUUGCCUUCGUGCUUUCAAGUAAUAGCCUUAAGCACUGCACUGAACUGGAGCUCUUCAAGGCGGCGUGUCGCUGGCUGCGCUACGAGGAGCCUCGCAUGGAGUACGCCGCCAAGCUCAUGAAGAACAUCAGGUUUCCCCUGAUGACACCCCAGGAUCUUAUCAACUACGUUCAGACAGUGGACUUCAUGAGGACUGACAACACCUGCGUCAACUUGCUGCUGGAGGCCAGCAACUACCAGAUGAUGCCGUACAUGCAGCCGGUGAUGCAGUCGGAGCGGACGGCGAUCCGCUCGGACAGCACGCACCUGGUGACGCUGGGCGGGGUGCUGAGGCAGCAGCUGGUGGUCAGCAAGGAGCUGCGCAUGUACGACGAGAAGGCCCACGAGUGGAAGUCCCUGGCGCCCAUGGACGCGCCGCGCUACCAGCACGGCAUCGCCGUCAUCGGCAACUUCCUCUACGUGGUGGGCGGCCAGAGCAACUACGACACCAAGGGCAAGACGGCGGUGGACACGGUCUUCAGGUUUGAUCCGCGCUACAACAAGUGGAUGCAAGUGGCAUCUCUAAACGAGAAACGGACCUUCUUCCACCUAAGUGCCCUCAAAGGACAUUUGUAUGCAGUCGGAGGUCGGAACGCGGCGGGUGAGCUAGCCACUGUGGAAUGUUACAACCCCAGAAUGAACGAGUGGAGCUACGUGGCAAAAAUGAACGAGCCCCACUAUGGUCACGCUGGAACCGUCUAUGGGGGGUUAAUGUACAUUUCAGGGGGAAUCACCCACGAUACUUUCCAAAAGGAACUCAUGUGCUUUGACCCUGACACAGACAAAUGGACUCAGAAAGCUCCCAUGACGACAGUCAGAGGUCUGCAUUGCAUGUGUACUGUAGGAGACAAGCUGUAUGUUAUUGGUGGCAAUCACUUUAGAGGAACAAGUGAUUAUGAUGAUGUUCUAAGCUGUGAAUAUUACUCACCAACUCUAGACCAGUGGACUCCAAUUGCCGCCAUGUUACGUGGGCAAAGCGAUGUCGGGGUUGCUGUCUUUGAAAAUAAAAUCUAUGUUGUUGGAGGAUAUUCUUGGAAUAACCGGUGCAUGGUGGAAAUAGUUCAGAAGUAUGAUCCAGAAAAAGAUGAGUGGCAUAAAGUGUUUGACCUUCCAGAAUCCCUUGGUGGCAUUCGAGCCUGCACUCUGACAGUUUUCCCUCCGGAGGACAACACAGGGUCACCGUCCAGGGAGUCUCCUCUGUCAGCACCUUAGACCCGUCCCUUGGCUCACCAUUGUAGUAACACCUCUGCACUGCAUCAUGGGUCUGUCAUUUUUCUUCAGUAGUUUCUGUUAGGCUUAGCCUACAGCAUUUCAUACAAUUACUGGAAAAAAAAAAAAAGGACUUUGACAUUAUUUGUGCUGUUUGUUUGGCCUAGAAUGUCUCUGAAGUGGUUGACAAAAAAAGAUAUACUUGCCCGAGCCAAAUGUUUAACAAAUGAGAGGGUAUUGUCUAUAAAAUGUAUGAACUAGGUACGUUAUUAAUGUUGUAUGUUGGGUGUGAGGUACCUUGUAGCUUACAUUUGGGAGCCCAGUGAGUCAAAUUUGUAUUGAACAUGUCACUGAAUUUCAUGUUGAAAUCCUUUUUCCUUUCAUUUUUGACUGCAGAUCACAAGGGUAGGUAGACCACAUCAAUGUGAACUCUCUGAAGGUUGCCAAGGGGCCUGAGCUACCUCCCUCUUUACACAGAGUAUUUUUGACAUAUCUGUUUACCCACCUGACUUUGUGGGUGCUUUCAGAGCAUAUGAAGUUUCUUAGGCAGAGGGAAAAAAUAAAAUAAUUUUAAAAUAUUAGCACUGUACAGGAGCAGACCUUGUAGAGGCCGGGAGUUUUUAUAACAUAUAUUGAGUGUUUUUCCUGAGUCAGUUGAAUGAUGCUUCAAACAAAAUAUCCUAAAUAUAUUUGUGUUUUUUAAUUUGUUUUUUUUCAGGAAUUGGCUUCCUCUUGCAUGGGAGCACACACUAUUAACAAAUGGGAAUUCAGUGCAGUUGUGUAUUCUCUGCUAUGGCUGUACUGAAUAUGGGUAGUUAAGGGCUAGAAUCAGUAACUUAAGCCACUGAAUUUGACCAAAUGGUUCCAUCAGAUCAAAUUUAAUCUACCUUUUCUCCUUUGCUGUUGAGAUAACUUGCAUAAUGUGUCCUCUGUAUAGUCUCAGUUAAUAAGGUUAUUUAGCACAAAGUGCAGCUUCAGUGAGAGAGCUGCUUUUGCUCAGUGAACCUGGACUACCACAUUUUACCUUCUUUUGUUCAAUAAAACUUUUAACUGCA